AAUUCAAGCCGUUUAAAUGGAAGUGGACCACUAAAAGAGGAUCUGAACACCGCUGGUGUCACCAUAAAAAGGCCUUCUUCAGCUCCACCAACAGCUUGUAUUCGAAACUGGGCAAUUACCAGGCCUUCAACUACUGAUCCAUCAAAAACCCAGAAGAUUACUAUCAGUAUUCAUAACAAAUUGCCCGCACGUCAAACUGUAUCACAGCCUGACUGUCUUAGCAGUGCUGCGGAAGAUGAGGAUCCAAGCAAGCCUCUUCCUUCGUCCACAAUUACAAAUUCUUCUGCAGCAGCGUCUACCUCAAAUACAUCAACGGUGUCAGUUGCUAUUAACGUUUCCAGACAGGAAGUUCCAGAUGAAAUUUUUGUUGAGCCACCAGUGAAUGGAAAUCCUAAACUCAGCUCCAGUAACACAGACCCUUACAGUGCAGAAUAUUCAGGAAAAUCUGAGGAGUCGAAGGGCUUGUUUAAAAGGAAUUGCAACAUAGUCUCUUCUAAUGGACUUUUGAUGGGAAAGGUGGUCCAUACAUUGCAGAAUUCCCAUUCUUCCUGUCAGAAUGCUGAAGAAAGAUCCCAGCACGAGCUGCCAAAAAAUGAUUCGCUAAAUGGUGCUAUUAGUUUAGAUAAUGAAUCUAAAGAAAAUGGACCGAAACCUGAUAAUUCCACUUGCCAUGUCCAAGCUGUUAAACCUUCUGAGAUUCUCUUUCCUAAAACAAAUGGAUUGCUUGAAACAAUGCCUAUAGCUUUGUCGCCGGUUCCUCAAGAAAUAAUCUUAGAAUCUCUCACAUACAGCCAGGUGAACAGCUUGUCAAAGGAAAUAAGUGUCCCUGGACCUCAGAAAUUUUCUGAGAAUGAUGCUGUUAUGGAAACUGUAGUAAUGGAUGCACUGUCUGCCUGUGAAGAAUCCAGGAAGGUUCCUUCCAACUUUAGCUGUGAGGUUGAGAAUCUUUUUACGCAGUCAGAUUCUGAAGGCAUUUCUACAAAAGAAGAAGUUACUGAAAGUAUUAAAACAAAAGCUGAUAACGCGCACCCCAGUAUCAAUGGUCAGCACAAGGUCAGGAAAAAAUCCUUGGAGAAAUUCCUUGGGCAGUCUGAAGACAACAGUGACAAAGACAGACCGAGACAAUCAAAAGAACCUCAACUCAUCUCAAAAGAAAAUCCUUUAUUCAUCGAAGGAUCUCCUGUGAGUGAACAGAAAUUAAGACAAACUUCCUUAAUAAAGUCAAACAUUGAAUGUUGUUCUAAAAAGCUUGCAUCUCUAAAUAUUAGAGAUAAAUUGCAAGAUACAAAGGAGAUUUCUAAUAACUAUGUAGACAUGGCACCAGACUCUCCAGUUACAAAACUUGAUAAGGUUUUGCAGAAUCAACUUUCUAGAGAAAGUAAUAAAAAAUGGGAAGAUGACAAGUAUAGGAAAAAAGAUAAGAAAAAAAUAUACGAGACUAAAAAAACCGGCAAAGACCAGUACCGAAAGAAGAGGCAACACUCGGACACUGAAGAGGAGGAGAAGCAAACCAGAAACAAAGUAGAUGGUCAUUCCAAGAGGCGGCGUUGUCGCAGUGUGGAAACAAAUAGGCAAAACCGUCAUAAGGAAGAGUACUGCAGUGAAAACAAGUAUAGGUGUCCUCAUAAUGAAAGAAACACCCCAAACAGUGGCAAAAGCUCAGGAAAAUAUUCACGUUACAGAUCACGAAGUCGAGAAAGAAUGGAAGACAGGAACAGGUAUUAUAAUUUUAAAGGAGAGAGAACUUGGACCAGAGACAGAUUCUAUCAAGAAGAACCACGGAGGUGGGAGAAGUGCAGAUACUACACUGAUUAUUACUUGCAUUACAGAACAAGAGAUGAUAGAGAGAGGAAGUCAUCUCAUUGUGAUAAAGACUUUGACAAAUCAAAUCAAGGUUAUAGCAACAGGUCAUACAAGGAUUAUCGCUGCAAAAACAGAUGGCCUCAGAGCAUGCACUCUAGAGAGGAAGAUGUGUAUCAACCUAAUAGCCACAGAGCAAACUUCAAUCGUUGUUCCAUACCUCAGCAGCUAUCCGAAAAAUAUUAUCGUGAAAGGCAUGCACUUCCAUCCAUGUCAGCUUAUUCCAAUUUUGAGGAUUCAUCCCGGGAAAAUGAAAAACUAAGAAACGGGAAAAGAAAAUACACCCACUCUGACGGAAGCGGAAGCGAAAUAGAGAAGAAACGCCGAAAGAUAGAAGACCAAAGAGUGAAAAAAUAUAAGAAAGUCAAGAAGAAAAAGAAGUCCAAAGACAAACACCGAGAGAAGGAGUACAAACUUUAUGAUUCAGAUUUCUCUACGCUCCGCUUUAAUGACAAUCGU